UUGUCUUUCUUUCCGGAAGGGGCCGGUGAGGCCGGUGGCUUAACGGCAAGAUGAAUUUCCUCCGCGGGGUGAUGGGGGGUCAGAGUGCCGGACCCCAACACACCGAAGCCGAGACGAUUCAAAAGCUUUGCGACAGAGUUGCUUCGUCUACUUUAUUGGAUGAUCGAAGAAAUGCUGUGCGCGCUCUCAAAUCAUUAUCAAAGAAAUACCGCUUAGAAGUGGGUAUCCAAGCAAUGGAGCAUCUUAUCCAUGUUUUACAGACAGAUCGUUCGGAUUCUGAAAUAAUAGGUUAUGCUUUGGACACACUAUAUAAUAUAAUAUCUAAUGAUGAAGAAGAAGAAGUAGAUGAUGUUGAAGAAGAAAAUUCCACAAGACAGAGUGAGGAUUUGGGAAGCCAAUUUACAGAAAUUUUCAUUAAGCAGCAAGAAAAUGUCACUCUGCUGUUAUCUUUAUUGGAGGAGUUUGAUUUCCAUGUCCGCUGGCCUGGUGUGAAACUUCUUACUUCUCUUUUAAAACAGCUAGGGCCUCAGGUGCAGCAGAUUAUUUUAGUCAGUCCUAUGGGUGUUUCAAGAUUGAUGGACUUAUUAGCAGAUUCCAGGGAAGUUAUACGUAAUGAUGGUGUCUUACUACUACAGGCACUAACAAGAAGCAAUGGAGCGAUCCAGAAGAUUGUUGCUUUUGAAAAUGCUUUUGAGAGACUACUGGACAUUAUUACAGAGGAGGGAAACAGUGAUGGAGGUAUAGUAGUUGAAGAUUGUUUGAUUUUGCUCCAAAACUUGUUAAAAAACAACAAUUCCAAUCAAAAUUUUUUUAAAGAAGGCUCAUAUAUUCAACGUAUGAAACCUUGGUUUGAAGUAGGAGAUGAAAAUUUUGGCUGGUCUGCACAGAAGGUGACCAAUCUCCACCUAAUGCUCCAGCUUGUUCGUGUACUGGUAUCUCCCACCAACCCUCCUGGUGCUACUAGUAGCUGUCAGAAAGCUAUGUUCCAGUGUGGGUUAUUGCAACAGCUCUGUACUAUCCUGAUGGCUACUGGAGUUCCUGCUGAUAUCCUGACCGAGACUAUAAAUACUGUAUCAGAAGUGAUUCGAGGCUGCCAAGUAAACCAAGACUACUUUGCGUCUGUAAAUGCACCUUCAAACCCACCUAGACCGGCAAUUGUAGUGCUCCUCAUGUCCAUGGUUAAUGAAAGGCAGCCAUUUGUAUUGCGCUGUGCUGUUCUCUAUUGUUUCCAGUGUUUCUUAUAUAAAAACCAAAAAGGACAAGGAGAAAUUGUGUCAACACUUCUACCUUCCACCAUUGAUGCAACAGGCAAUUCAGUCUCCGCCGGCCAGUUAUUGUGUGGAGGCUUGUUUUCUACGGACUCACUUUCAAACUGGUGUGCUGCUGUGGCCCUUGCCCAUGCGCUACAAGGAAACGCUGCCCAGAAGGAACAAUUGCUCCGGGUGCAGCUUGCAACCAGUAUCGGCAACCCUCCAGUUUCGCUACUGCAGCAGUGCACCAACAUCCUCUCACAGGGUGAUAAGAUCGACAGACGGGGAAGUAAAAUACAGACAAGAGUUGGAUUAUUAAUGUUACUUUGUACCUGGCUGAGCAACUGUCCCAUUGCAGUAACACACUUUCUUCACAAUUCAGCCAAUGUUCCCUUUCUUACGGGACAAAUUGCAGAAAAUCUUGGGGAGGAAGAACAGCUGGUCCAAGGCUUAUGUGCCCUUUUGUUGGGUAUUUCAAUCUACUUCAAUGACAACUCACUUGAGAGCUACAUGAAAGAGAAACUAAAACAACUAAUAGAGAAGAGGAUUGGCAAAGAGAAUUUCAUAGAGAAACUAGGAUUUAUUAGCAAGCAUGAGUUAUAUUCCAGAGCUUCCCAGAAACCCCAACCAAACUUUCCCAGCCCAGAAUACAUGAUAUUUGAUCAUGAGUUUACAAAGCUGGUAAAAGAACUUGAAGGUGUUAUAACUAAGGCUAUUUAUAAAUCCAGUGAAGAAGAUAAAAAAGAAGAAGAAGUGAAGAAAACACUAGAACAGCAUGACAGUAUUGUGACUCACUACAAAAAUAUGAUUCGAGAGCAAGAUCUGCAACUUGAAGAUUUAAGGCAGCAGGUUUCUACGUUAAAAUGUCAAAACGAACAGCUCCAGACGGCAGUCACACAGCAAGUAUCUCAGAUUCAGCAGCACAAGGACCAGUAUAAUCUUCUUAAAGUACAGCUAGGAAAAGACAAUCAGCAUCAAGGUUCUUCCAGUGAUGGGGCUCAGAUGAAUGGCAUUCAGCCAGAAGAAAUUGGUAGGUUGCGAGAUGAGAUAGAAGAAUUAAAAAGUAAUCAGGAACUUUUACAAAACCAGCUGACUGAAAAGGACUCUUUGAUUGAAAAUUUGAAAUCUUCCCAAACAUCUGGCAUGAAUGAACAGUCUUCAGCUAGAGAUUCAGAACAAGUUGUAGAAUUAAAACAGGAACUAGCAGCAUUAAAGUCUCAGUUAAACUCACAAUCUGCAGAGAUCGCCAAACUACAAAAAGAAAAGCACGAGCUAUUACAGAAAGCAGAAUCACUUGCAAAAUCAGUUCCUGAACAAGGACAGAGUGAGACUGUAAAAACCACUAAAACAGAUGUAGAAGGAAGACUAUCAGCACUAUUACAAGAGACUAAAGAAUUAAAGAAUCAAAUUAAAGCCCUGUCUGAGGAAAGAACUGCCAUUAAAGAGCAGCUGGAUUCAUCUAAUAGUACCAUUGCCAUUUUACAAAAUGAGAAAGACAAACUCGAGUUGGAAAUUACAGAUUCUAAAAAAGAACAAGAUGAUCUCUUGGUGCUCUUGGCUGAUCAAGAUCAGAAAAUACUUUCAUUGAAGAAUAAACUCAAGGAACUUGGUCAUCCAGUUGAGGAAGAGGAUGAACUUGAAUCUGGAGACCAAGAAGAAGAGGAUGAUGAAAAUGAAGAUUCUGGCAAAGACCAGGAUCAUAGCUAGCUUUAAAUCUCUAGGAACGAAGGCCGGGCAUGGUGGCUCAAGCCUGUAAUCCCAGCACUUUGGGAGGCCGAGGCGAGAGGAUUGCCUGAU